UAUAUUUACGGGGCGCGGCGGCCCGGGGCGGGCUGGGGCGGCGGAUGGCGGGGGCGGGCCGGGGGCCGGCGGGCAGGCGGCGGCGGUAACGGGCGGGCGGCAGCCGGGGCCGCUCCAUGUUCGCCAUGGACUACUCCUACCUCAACUCCUACGACUCCUGCGUGGCCGCCAUGGAGGCGUCCGCCUACGAGUUCAGCCCCUGCAGCCAGGCCGGCUCCUUCCAGUACAGCCCCAUGCGGGGGGGCUUCGGGACCGGGCCCGCCUGCCCCCCCCUCGCCUCCGCCAACUGCGCCCUGGGCGCGCUGCGCGACCACCAGCCCUCGCCCUACUCGGCAGUGCCCUACAAAUUCUUCUCGGACCCGUCGGGGAUCAACGAGAAGCGGAAGCAGCGGCGGAUCCGGACGACGUUCACCAGCUCCCAGCUGAAGGAGCUGGAGCGGGUCUUCGCCGAGACGCACUACCCCGACAUCUACACCCGCGAGGAGUUGGCCCUCAAAAUCGACCUCACCGAAGCCCGGGUGCAGGUCUGGUUCCAGAACCGCCGAGCCAAAUUCCGCAAGCAGGAGCGGGCGGCCAACGCCAAGGGUGCCGGUGCCACCGCCGGCACCGCCGGCAAGAAGUCAGAGCCGCGCUCUUCCUCAGAGGACGACGAGUCCAAGGAGUCCAACUGCAGCCCGACGCCGGACAGCACGGCAUCCCUCCCCGCCGCCGGCAGCCUCGGCAGCCCCGGCAGCAGCCUGAGCCCCAGCCCCGGUGCGGGGCCACCCAUGGGACCCGGGCAUCCCCCCCAGCCCCUCAAGGCGCCCAUCUGGCCCGGCGUGAGCACCAGCAGCGGCACCGCCAACGCCACCGACCUGCUGAAGGCCUGGCAGCCCGCCGAAGCCGUGCCGGGACCUUUCUCCGGCGUUCUCUCCUCCUUCCAUCGGAAGCCCAACGCCCUCAAGACAAACCUCUUCUGAUGUGCCGGUCACCGGAUCCGGCUGCCCCGAACCCCCCCCGGCC